AUGCCAUACUUUUGCUUAGCGAUGUUAUAUUUAUAUAUCCAGAUGGACGAUACCAAGUCAAGACUCCAGGAAUUCCAGUCAGCCUUCUUUUCCAACAAUACCGAUCGAAUCAAAAACUUUCCACACUACUACAUUGUUGAAAACCAUAUAAUGGACAUGAGCGGAGUUCCCAUCGCACCUCGCAAACAACGCAAAGCCGAACUUAAGCAAAUGGCCGCUAAACGACACGCCAAGAAACAAAACAAAACGUUCGAUCGACCACCUAAUCCCAACGUUUCUUCUCCCAAUCACUCAAGUUUCAAACGCAUCCCUUCUACUCCUAAGAAAACUCAUCGUGAUCAAGAUUCAGAAGAAGACAAUUUGAUGACUCCUCCUCACGCUCGAUCCCCAAACACUAUCACCACUGUACCUGUUGUUAUUGUACCUUCAGUCACUCCAGCUCCAGCUCGAGCUCAAACUCCUCAAUUACUUGUUAUCGACCCGAACCGAUCAAAACACUUCGCUAAUGACCCCGUUUUAGAUGUUUCACCGCCUACUAAUUCCAACAGAAAAGCUUCAAGAACCCAUAAGAACUCGUCUAAGUCUUUAAUUACUCCAGUUGAAGAAGAAGUUGGUCCUACUUUCAUAUUCAAGACUCCCUUAUCAGUUGAUGAAUAUAAAAAUUUACUUGGUCCUAAGGUAAUCCUCAACAGGGAAGCUGUAUAUCCUUCUGAUGAAGUCGAAUUGUGUAUUUCUUCAAUGUAUUCAGAAGUCUUCAAGCACUUCAAAGGUCGCAUAGCUGUGAAUGAAGAAGAAUUUGAUGAUCGAGCUAAGGUUCUUAGGAAAUUACACUUCAUAGGUAGAAAAGGAUUGGAAAAGCGAAGUUCUCCAUGUAUAAUUCCUGGUCUAGAACUGAACGACUCUGAGGAUUCUUCUACUGGAUCUUCUUCAAAAGGAAAAGGUCGUGCUUAA